AUGAUGGGUACCCGUCAGCAAUUGUUGCGUGUUGACAAGGCGGUUUUACCACCUAUCCUGGCUGGCACGCAUGUCAUUCCUUUAAGUGACUGUGUAAAGGACUUAGGUGCUUAUCUCACCGACGAUCUCACUUGGAAUAGGCAUGUGGCUGCUAUCUGCUCACGGGUGCACGGUCUUCUCUAUCGUUUGCGAUACAAGGGCGGAUCGCUGUCCAGUCCUUCUGGUUACUUGGCCACAAAACUCAACUGCUUGUGUAAUACUGUUGUCCGUUUUAUUUUCAAUCUUAGACGUGACGCCGCCCUGGGGCCGUUCUAUGCCAGACUUGAGUGGUUGCGCUCUGGCGCUCGACGAAACUACUUUCUUGGUGUUAGCACUUAUAGGAUCCUUACCACUGCGAAGCCGAGUUACUUGUUUGACCUAUUCCCUGUGGCACUUCUUCAUAAUGUGAUUUACAUGAAAAUGCAAGAAAAGCGAGAUUUAGAAAAGUUUACCAAGUUUUUAGCGCUUAAAGCUGCUCAAAUUAUAGUUCAAUCAAGAUCUGGUACAAAAAUUAAUACAAAAUGCAAGCCUCAUUCCUCAGGAGUAGAUUGGUUCAAUCUUUCAAUUCAAGAUUCAUUAGAUGUCCUGACAGAAGCAAGGCAAGUUCUUUGUAAAGAAUUAAUCAGCUCUAUAAAUCCCUUUUGCAUUGAAAUUUCGUUAAGAACAAUGGAAAAUGAGGUCAUGGUGCUGGAGACAUGGAGUCUUGGAAUUUUGUUUGAACAAAGUGAUCCCACAAUUAAGAUUACUUAUACUGUGUACAACAGAAUGGGAAUGCUUUUAAAAUCCUUAUUAUCUGUGUCAAGAGUUACGCCCGCUUAUAAAUUGAGUCGAAGUCAAGGGCCUGAUUCAUUUAUUAUUUGUUACAGAACAUACAUGGGACCACCACAAAUUCAUAGCUUAG